AAUUUAUUAAUUUAAUUAAAUCAAAAAAUGAGAGAGGAAAUGGAAAAGUAGUGGGAGCAGCAGCGACAGAGGCAGAGGAGAGACACGACAAUGGAUAUUCUCUCCCGAUUCGGAGGCUCUGCUUCUUCUCACGGCCUUCCGUCAAGAAGCCCACACCGAUCUCCUCUCUCUCCUCGUCUGCCUUCUCCUCCUCCAACUCCUCCUUUGCUUCUCAAGCCCUACUGUUCUCGGAGGGGUCCUUCGUCUCCUCGGCCCCAAAACAAUGGCGAUAGCAACAGCGACAAGAAAGGAGAGAACAUGUCGACCGACUGGGACAAGGCGUGGUCCAACUUCAGGAAGCAGGGGAAGAAGACGAUCUUCUCGCAGUUCUCGCCCAACAAGUACGUGAGCUGGAACCCGAGGCGGUCGGAGUACCCCCUCUCCGAGGAAGUCGAUCCCAUCAAGAGAAUCGAGAGGUCGAACCUCAGGCUAUGGACCAGCCCCCAGUUCACAUUGGUCUUGGCCAUCAUUUUAGUGACGUUUCUUCUGAUCUACACCAUUCUGGCCCCUCUCAAGUGAACGCGUUUCAGUCGAAUACCCCUUCUGUUUAUGUACUUAGCUGUAUAGAGUUACUGUUGUCUAUUGAAUCAGCGGCAUUGUCUGAAGAACGAAAAGUUUUGAAUCGGUAACGGGACAAGCAGCAAUUCUCUGAAUUAA